CUCAAUCAUCAGAAUCUGACCUGGAGUCAGAUUCUCGUUCAAUUCAAUUCUUUCAUUCUUUUAUACUUCUCCUUUUCUUCUUUUCAUUCUCUCCUUCUUCCCCUUUGCAAAAUGCUCAAAAUCAACAGCAUCUGGAUGCUGCCCGCCUUCUGGGCCUUUGUUCGCGCCCAGCAGGUCGGUACCUAUACUUCAGAGGUUCAUCCGACCUUGACCUGGACUUCCUACUCCAGCGCUAGUGCCUAUGCGACCCAGACCGGUUCUGUGGUCAUCGAUGCCAACUGGAGAUGGACCCAUGAUGUUGACUCGUCGACAAACUGCUACACCGGCAAUGAAUGGGAUACGACUCUCUGCCCUGACGAUGUCACCUGUGCGGCCAACUGCGCCCUGGAUGGUGCAGAUUAUGAAGGAACGUACGGCGUGACCACCUCUGGGAGUGAGGUCAAGCUGGACUUUGUGACCGGGUCGAAUGUCGGCUCGCGUCUCUAUCUGAUGGAGAACGACGACACCUACCAGGUCUUCAAGCUGCUCAACCGGGAGUUCACCUUUGACGUCGACGUCAGCGAGCUUCCAUGCGGUCUCAACGGGGCUCUCUACUUCGUCACCAUGGACUCCGACGGCGGCAUGGCUCGCUUCCCCAACAACACAGCGGGAGCCAAGUACGGCACUGGAUACUGUGAUGCGCAAUGCCCGCGUGACCUGAAGUUCAUUGACGGCCAGGGUAACAGUGAGGGUUGGGUGCCCUCGUCUAACAACGACAACACGGGUGUGGGAGACCAUGGUUCCUGCUGCGUCGAGAUGGAUGUCUGGGAGGCCAACAGCAUCUCCACUGCUCUGACACCGCACUCCUGCGAUACCGCGACCCAGACUCUGUGCGAGGGCGAUGACUGUGGUGGCACGUACAGCUCCGACCGGUACGGCGGCACUUGCGAUCCGGAUGGAUGCGACUUCAACCCCUACCGUCUUGGAAACUUGAGCUACUACGGGCCCGGUGAGACUGUCGACACCAACUCUGUCUUCACUGUUGUGACGCAGUUCAUCACCGAUGACGGCACCGACACGGGCACUCUGUCAGAGAUCAAGCGGUACUAUGUUCAGAACGAUGUGGUGAUCUCCCAGGCGACGACCUCGGCCACUGGUGUGUCGGGCUAUGACUCCAUCACGGCCGACUUCUGCACGGCGGAGAAGACGGCGUUUGGCGACACGAACGUGUGGAGUACCCAUGGAGGAUUCACCUCUAUGACUGAGGCCAUGACCAAUGGCAUGGUGCUGGUCUUCAGUCUCUGGGACGACUAUUACGCCGACAUGCUCUGGCUGGACAGCAACUACCCGACUAACGAGUCUGCCUCGGACCCGGGCGUUGCUCGCGGUACUUGCUCGACCAGCUCCGGCGUCCCGGCCACUGUCGAGGCGAACAACGGCACCGCAUAUGUCACCUACUCCAAUGUCAAAUUCGGUCCCAUUGGUUCCACCUUCUCCGGGGGCACGGGCACCACCACCGAUGUCGAUACUGGCAGCGGUAGCAGCGGUAGCAGCAGCAGCUCUAUUUCCACCUUGGUGACCACCACCAGAGCUGCGUCCACAUCCUCCACGUCCACGUCCACGUCCACGUCCACUUCCACGUCCACGUCUACCUCCAUCACCACUUCCGUCUCGAGCCAGACCACCACCACCGCUGUCGCCGUGACUACCACAUCUUCCGGAUCCACCGCUGUGGCGUCUCAAUACGGCCAGUGCGGCGGCGACAACUGGACUGGAGCAACAGAGUGUGCCAGUGGAUAUACCUGCACCUACCAGAACCCCUACUACUCUCAGUGUUUGGCCAGAAAGAUUGUCGAGACGAGGGUGAAGACCAAUAUCGUCUUCCUGUGA